GCUGUGGUGCUGAAAGUCACUCCCGAUGAACUGAACGCUGUUGAUUUUUCUAACAUACCGCAGGGUGCCAAUCCGGCCGUUGUAUUUGUUCUUCCGAAUCCAUGUGAAACGUGUGCACGUCAUGAGAAGCUUUUGUCAGACUUUUCUGUUGGUGCAGUCUAUCCAGGUUCGUUUGGAUUCGACCACUUUUUGUUAUGUUUAGGUGAUGUCUACCACGUCAAUUCCAACUCUCCAUGGGGAAUAUCAAUAGACGUACCUUCUGUUGUUCUUAUUGAUGCCGAGCGAAAAUUGCCAUAUUGUGGUCCACCAAAUCACUUACACUUAAUGAAUGCAAUUCAUCAGUUCUCGGCGGGGGUUCAGUCGGCUCGCUUGGAUGACGCGAAUUUCGAACAUGACACUCAAGCCUCUACCGGCGGCACUACUGGCGAUUGGCUUAUUGUUUUUGACGCAAUGACUGAAGCCAGCUUACACAUCUACGAUGGUCUAUCUCUUAGCCUUCGAGCUCGUGGUGUCAGUCUGGGUAUUGUAGAUCCGGUCCGGUCCAAAUCAACCGCAAAACGCUUUAAUGUCCGUGCACAAUCUGGUCAGUCGAUCACCGUUUUGAUGCUACAUCGUUCGCAGUUGUAUCGAUUCUCCGGUUUCAUUCAACGAACUGAUUUUGAACGCUUGCUGAAGUUCGCUGCUGGUGAAUUCAAGGAACAUCCGAAAUCGGUAAUCCCACGUCCACGGAUGCGAUUCGAUGAACUGUUGGACUGGAUUGUUGAAAAUUACGUGAUACUCGAAGGGUACUACGGUCACGGUUUAGUACUCGCUGUUGGCACCCUUGUUCUUGUGUCUCUGUUGUGUCUGAUUGGACUGUUACUACUUGCUGGAUUUUGGGUCACACAAAUGUCUGGGAGCAAUCAACCUGGAAGUGCCACGAACUUUCCGCAUGAGCCUAGCGGUGGUGGCGGAAAGCAUAGUUCACGGAAGAAGACCAAGAACGAAUGAUAGUGUUUAAUGCUCUCGAGUUGAAAUCGCACGCACUUAUGACCGAAUUUCACUCCGUUCUCACGGUUGUUUUUACGCUAUUGUUUAAAAGGGCUGUGACUCCCAAUGUACGUUCGGUAUUGUACGAAACACUUGCCUUUCAAUAAACUAUGUAACGUCAA